AUGUCGAAGAUUCUCAUCGGUGCAGCAGCCGUGCUCGGCGGCGCCUACUUGUACGACAGAAAUGUCCAACCCAUUUUCUCCAAGACCACCCAGCAACAGGCGGAAGCCUCUGCUCGUCAAAUCAACCAGACGUUGCAAUCGGCCUCCAAAGACGCCAGACAGCUGUGGUCGGAGGCUAAGCUGCAAUUGCAACAGCAGCUUGACGCCGCCCAGGCCCGCGUCGACGACGUCCUGAACCAAAUCGCUCAAUCGGACACCUUCAAGUGGAUCAGCGACGAGCUCAAGGACUACAAGAGCGAUGCCAAGGCGUACAAGUACGCCGUCACCGACCUUUUGACCCCGGAAGACCAGAAGCCCUACCUCACCCAGCUUGUGCACAAGUACAUUGACUUGGUCAACAAGCUCGGCGGCCCUGCUCCCGAACGCCACCCGUUGCUGGUGUCGGAAGACAUGCAGAGAAAGGCGUGGCUUGCGGCUUUGGAGAAGGACAACACCAAUGCGGAAAACCGGUUGGAAAACUUGAAGUUGGAAGGCGAACGGCUGCUUAACUCGUGGAAGAGCUGGGGCCGCGCCACCGCUGACGACAUCAAGUCGGAAUACUACAAGGGCAAGCGUCAAUUGAACCGCCUGUUGAACCGGGCUGACGAACAGAUCGACGCUGCCAGAGACCAGGCCGUGUACAACUACGAACAGGCCAAGAAGAACUUGGACGACGUUGUGCGCAGCGCCGACUCGCUGAAGCUCGACGCCGCCAAGCGCUCGUUCCAGAACGCGUUCCAGAACUUGAAGUCCUACGGCGACGACUUGGUCAACGAAGUCAACAAGAAGUUGUAA